GUGCAGACGGUGUCAGUCAUUGAAACGCGACGGUCGUCGCGGACAGACGUGUGUUGUACUUAUUUGUGCACGAGUGGACGCGGGCCAAAGUUUACGUCUAUUUUGGUAGCGUUUGCGGAACUUUUUAUAUCAAAAUGAAAACAGGCUGGUUAGCAUGGGAAUGCAUUGUGUUUGCAAUCUUUAUAUUCGCGUCAUCAUGCGCGCCGCUGUGGCGUCGACGUAGGGAUGCUGCGGCUGGGGGCAGUGCCAAGCGCGCUUACAUCUUCGCCGGCGGCGGAGUAUCAACAUUAGCUAUGAUACUCUCUGUUGCUAGAGGCACGCUGGGAGUCAGGUCUUUUCUGGGAUUCCCAUCGGAGCUGGUGUACCACGGGUCAGCGAUGUGGGAGACGCUGUACGGCAUUAUGCUGGCCUUCCCAAUCGUCUGUUGGCUCUUCAUACCCGUCUACUACCGCCUGCAUACUAACUCAGUGUACGAAUACUUGCAGAUGCGCUUUGGUUCCAACUGGGUGCGUCAAAUGGCGGCGGCGACUUUCUUAGUACGGCAGACGCUAAACUUGGCGGUGACAGUGUAUACGCCAACUGUUGCCCUGCAUGCAGUACUCGGUCUGCCGCAUUGGGCCUCCGCUGCUGCGCUCACUGUGGUCGCUAUAGUCUUCAAUCUCCUCGGAGGAUUGGCGGCUGCUAUCAGAGCGGAUGUAAUCCAAACAUUAACGAUGGUGAUAGUGAGCGGAGCGUUCAUUGUGCAAGCCACGGUGAAAGCAGGUGGUCCUGCGCAAGUGUUGACUGAUAAUAUCGAAGGUGGAAGAUUGGAUUUCUUCAAAUUCACCGGAGACCCAACAGUACGUGUCGACACUGCAUCAGCACUGAUUGGUCAGUUGUUCAUGUCGGUAUCAAUCUACGGCUGUCAACAGACAUUUGUCCAGAGAUAUUGCUCUAUGUCAAGUGAGGCUAGAGUACGAAGAACUCUUCUAUCAAACGUGCCUGCAGUAGCAGUAUUAUUCUCUCUUUCCUGGGUCGUUGGAAUGACUCUGUACGCUGUCUACAAAUACUGUGACCCUCUAAUGGCUGGCAGGAUCUCAGCUCCCGAUGAAGUUCUACCAUUCUACGUUCAGGAUCAGUUUUCGUUCUUGCCUGGAAUGCUUGGAUUGUUCCUUGGCAGUUUAUUCAAUGGUGCUUUGAGUUUCCUAGUGUCGAACAUAAAUUCCCUGGCAACGGUGACGUGGGAGGACUUCGUGUCGGCCGCGCCACCCUUCAAGGGCAUCAGUGACAAGAAGCAGUUGACCAUCAUCAAGAUCAUUGCCAUCUUAUACGCAAUCCUCAUCAUGUGUUUGUCGCUAUGUGUGGGCAUGGUUGGCGGAGUGGUGGAAGGCUCUCUACUGGUGACGUCAGCAACUUCCGGUGCUCUCCUCGGCGUGUUUCUCUUAGCUGCCAUGUUCCCGGUAGCAAACGGCAAAGGCGCCAUCUGUGGAAUGAUUGCGUCUCACGUGAUCACCACCUGGAUGGCCGCUGGGCGACUGAUGUAUGUCAAUGAUAAAGUUGAAAUGCUGCCAUUGUCCGUUGAGAAAUGUCCAAACGAGACGAUCAGCGUGUACCACAACGCUCUGCCAGUGGAGGUGAACCAGACUAUGCUAAUCACGCCGCUACUGCAGACCAUCAACAGCACGCAACACACGCCAGUAGAUACUCAGUCAACUGCAACCUUCAUAUCUGAAACUCUUAUGAAGAUGUAUUCUGUUUCAUACAUGUGGUACGCGGUAAUUGGUACUUUGACGUGCGUCAUUAUUGGUACUGUGAUUGGAAUGAUCACUGGCACUGAAGAGGAUGCAUUCGAUGAGAAACUGCUACAUCCUCUAAUUGCUAAAAUCGCACGUAAGUUACCCGGACGUGAUCGAAAGUUUACUAAUGAUGUAAACGAAAAGGCGAAAGUCGAAAAAGAUGUGUCAGAUAAAACUGAGGAUACGAUAAUCGAAGAUGGGAAACCAGACGUUCUACCUGUUUUUACAACUUCUAAUAGUAAAAUAUUUGAGAAUUAUGAAAGAUCUUCAUCACCUAUUAGAACGAGAUUGUGAUCAUUUAACAAAUUUUCCUGGAUUCACCUUGGUUUCCUACAAGGAUCCAUUGUUGGACCAAUUGUAAUGGUUCAAUUGUAUUUUUAAUGUUAAUAUACUUUGAACUGUUUCAAUAAAAUACUUAGAAGUAUUUGAA